GUUGAGUCUGCGGAGUCUAUGGUGUGGGGGACGGCGCAUGGUCAGCCGGCCGACCUGGGUUAUUUCCGGAAGCGAGGCCGGCUGCUUUCCCUCUGCUUCCGCAGGGCUCGGAGUGGGUCCCGGGACUAGUGACGAGCACGUACCAACCAGACCUCUAACUACUCCUGUGGCAGCCUGCGUGUCAGCAUCCUGGAACCUCAAGCCAUCAAUCCACACUGAAGCCCAUAUCUUCUAGAGUCCAGCCUAUCUAGGGUGCAGGUGAAUUUUGAGGCCUACCUAUGUCUCAGUGCCCAUUAAAGGACCAUUAGGACUGCUUUGGUGAACUUGUGACCAGCCCAGCCAUCCAUGCUUCACAUCCCUGUUAUCCUUGGUCACCGUCCAAGAUCACUGUACAGAAGAGAUGAGAUAUGGUCUAACAGACCAUAUGACAAAGUACUUCCUCAAAAUGCCCACAGCGAUGAAUCUGGCCUUAGGAGAACGGGAGAUGGUCUUUCUGCAAGCCAACAGCGUGAGUGCAGGGACAUAAAAGAUGAUUUUAAAAGAAAAUGUUCCUCCUCUUCCCAUUAUUCAAGACAGUGGUCUCCCUAUAAAGGGACUUCUUGUUUUUUCAGAAAAUCAAAUAUAGGUCAAAAAGACUCCCCACACCGCAGAUCUGGAUCUAGUGGAGGGCACUCACCAAAAGGAAGCGAACAGUAUUCUUCCCAUUGGUCACAGCUUAGGACAUCCACGCAUGCUAAUGCCUCCUACAGAUGGGACAGAGAGGAAAAGCCGGAAGGAGGUCAAAACAGACCUGGCCAGUCUUGGAAAACAUCAGGAGACACAUACCCAUUAAGUUCUUUAGCAGUUCCUUCAUCAGAAAUUUUAGACAAACUCAACAACUUCGAUGAAAAUGGACUUCCUGAAGCUACCAGCAGGCAGGCGGUAGAAAAUCCAAAGAUGGCAGAUGAAGGUGACUUACCUAAAAUUUCUGAGUUUGAAGUUGGAUUCACAGAACCGUUACUUAUGGAUCAGCCACAGGAACCUGAGUCAAACAGAACAGAAGGCACAGAAUUAGUCAGUGACCAACGAACCGAUCGCCUUAAAGCAAUAGCAUCAAAAACCAAGGAAAUUGAGCAAGCAUACCACCAAGACUGUGAAACCUUUGGGAUGGUGGUGAAAAUGCUGGUUGAAAAAGAUCCUUCAUUAGAAAAGUCCAUUCAAUUUGCAUUUAGGCAGAAUUUACAUGAAAUAAGUGAGCGGUGUGUGGAAGAGCUCAGACAGUUCAUUGCAGAGUAUGAUGCUUCCUAAGAAUUGGAGCUCUAGCAGAAAAACGUUCCUUGAUUGUUAUUCCAGAAUUGCAUAAAUAUUUCAAAUGUGGAAUUUUUGUGAUGAGAAAUACUUCAGUGUCAAGAAAAAUCUAAAAUGGUCAGCUUAAAAUAAUCUAUUCAGAACUCUAUUCCACUUUAUAGAGCCUUCUAAUUCAUAUACAUGCCGAUUUCAUUGAGUGUUUUAGCCUGCUGGGAGCAGCUUUCUGCUUACUCAUGUUCUGUAGUCUUCCAAGGACAAGAAUGUGUGGCCCAAGUAUACUUUAUAGUUAGAGAUUUAACUUCAUAGUAAAUGAUAGCAUGUAAAAAUUAGCAUUUUGUGAUUUUAUUGGCCUUUUCUUAGGCUUUGUUACUUGUAUUAAAAUGAUCCUACAUUAAAGUAUAUUAUUUUAAUAAACUGGUACUUUG